UCACACACACACGCUCUCAGAUACUGCAUCCUCCCUCUCUCUCUCUCUCUCUCUCUCUCUAUUCUGUAUCUCAAUUCACAUUUCACAACCUUAGGACUCCGCUAAAUGACCAAACAACACUUUCCCAUGAAUCUAAAAGAUGCCACAUACACACACAACACGUAAAGUUCCAGACACCAGCAUUCGACUCAGUGGCAGGUUUGUUGUUUCACAUCAAAACUCGUUUUCUUCUCUCAAAUUUAGUACACAUAGAUAUAUAUUCCUUCGUUGCAUGAGGUUUUGGUAACAAAUCGAUUUUUAAGGUUCUGACAUAUCUGAAUUGGUAAUGCAUAUGAUGUUGGUGGUGACUGUAAGAAGCAGAUCCUUUCCUCACAGAUGGGGAAGAAAGGAGGUAGCUGGUUUUCCUCUGUGAAGAAAGUUUUCAAGUCAUCUUCUAAGGACUCGCCGGUAACGGAGAAGAAGAAAGAGAACAACGAAGAGCAAUGGCAACAUGAAGCGCCUGAGGUUGUGUCUGUUGAGCAUUUUCCUGCUGAGAGUUCUCCAGAUGUGACCAAUGAGGAGAGUGACACGUCAACACCAGUGACUGAAGGUAGAAACCAUGCCAUUGCCUUUGCAGCAGCAACUGCUGCAGCUGCUGAAGCUGCGGUUGCUGCUGCUCAAGCAGCUGCUAGAGUUGUGAGAUUGGCUGGUUAUGGACGACACUCCAAGGAAGAAAGAGCAGCAACACUCAUUCAAUCAUACUACAGAGGCUACCUUGCUCGGCGUGCACUGCGUGCUUUGAAGGGUCUAGUGAGGCUACAAGCACUUGUGAGGGGACACAACGUGCGCAAGCAAGCACAGAUGACAAUGCGAUGCAUGCAAGCAUUAGUGCGAGUACAGGGAAGAGUAAGAGCUCGCAGACUCCAGUUAACACACGAGAAACAUCAGAGGAAAGUGGAGCAAGAGCAAAGAGAAUUUGAGGAACAAGAUCCUAAGUUUAUGAGCCCCAUUGCAAUGUUAGACACAGAUGGUUGGGACAAUAGGCGACAAAGUAGCCAACAAAUUAAGGAAAAUAGUUUAAGGAAACAUGAAGCUGCAAUGAUGAGGGAAAGAGCACUUGCAUAUGCCUUUAAUUGCCAGCAACAGCAGAGGCAAUACAUGCAGAUAGAGCCAAAUGGUGAUGAUAUUGGAAGCUAUGCCAUUGAGCGUGAAAGGGCCCAAUGGGAUUGGAACUGGUUGGAACGUUGGAUGUCAUCACAAUCACAGCAUGUUAAGCACUUGGGUCCACGUGAGACCCUUUAUAGGACUCUUGCCGCUACUACAACCACUGCUACUACUGCCACUGAUGACAUGUCUGAGGAAAAAACAGUGGAAAUGGACAUGGCAACAACACUGGACUCAACUCAUGUUAACAUGGGCCUUGGCAAUCAUGACUCUCUAGAAUCAAGCCCCAUAUCAUAUAGGCUCCACCAACGACACCACAGUGCAGGUGUGCCUAGCUAUAUGGCCCCAACCCAGUCUGCAAAGGCUAAGGCUCGGAGUCAGGCUCAGUUUAAGCAACGGGCUUCAUCUGGGCCUAACUGGAACUCAUCCACGAGGAGAAGUUAUGCUCUUGGGUUGGGCUGUGACUCACCAAGCUCUGGUGUGGCCACUGCAGUUCAUAUGUUUCCAAGGAGCCCAGGCCCGAAAAUUAAUGGGAUUCGCCUUCAAUCUAGACGGAUUUCAGGUGGCAGCCCAGAUAAUGUUGGCGUGGAGGAUUGGGCCCUUCCCCUCGGAGCCCACGGUUGGGCUUGAUUUGAUUAUUUUUCUAAACAUCAUUAUAAUUAUAGUAGGAUGUUUUGUGUGCUCUGAACUUUGGUCGUUGACAUGCAAUGGUGCUUAUUAUUCAUGGACAGUUUAAUAAUGUCAUUGAUGUCGUGUCAUGAACAUAAAUAUUGAGAUUUUAUAACCCGACCCCCCAAGCAUACCCAAAACGCAAUAUUGUAGUGUCUAGGACCUCAUUUUAUGCUGUUUCACAUGUAAGAAAAAUGUUUGAAAUUUUGUUUUUCUGUUCAAAAUAAAUAAAUGUUUGUUU